AUGGUGUCCCGCAAAGUUUUGAAUGCCCAAUGCAUAUUUUGUUGGCUUGGAGAAAGUUUUGAAGAAGAUUUUAGAAUAACGGUUGAAGAAGGAACCGUCUUCUUUAAAUACAGAAAGCAAGAAGAGCCGGUUGAGAGCAAUGACUUGGAGGAAAGCAUAGAUGAUGCUGACUUGAGUCUCGAAGAUGGCUCCGAAACAGAAUCGGAAUUGGAACAAGUCAACCUGAAGUUGAAGUAUUUGGAACUAAAGGCGGAACAAAUAAAAUGCAAACAGCAAUUAUUAUCACUGAAAAAAGCUGGGAAGAAACCUGUGCAAAAGCCCUUAAGCAACAUGUGCAUACUCCCUGAUGGCAGGAUCGUCGUCAAAAACGAUAAUGAACGGCUGAGUGACAAUGCGUUCGGUUCGGCUGCUGGUGACUCGAUCACAAUGACAUGCUCCUGUGACCGAGCCUGGAUAGAACCCACUACCUCAAGUACGGCUACGCCCACCGGAAAUAAAGAUAAGGUCAGAUACACUGAGAGGUAUUCAGUGAGUACUGUAACUAAAUCAAUAGAUAGACAAACAGAAGUAACCAAAUCAGUUGUAGAUAUAACUAAAAUAAGUGAAACGAAACGUUCUGAUGAUAGCGAUAGUAAUGACGAAUUGGAUGAAACUAAUAGACUUAUUCAGUUAAGAAAUGUAGAUUACUUAGAUAUAGUCGAGGAACGUCUUAAAGUUGUAAUUGCUUUAUCUGGUUACCCGAAAACUAAAAUGCGUUUGAAGCAAAUGGAAUUGUUUCAAAAAUGUCUAAAUGAUAUUAUUGAUAUGCAAGCGAAAAGCGGACUUUUAAAGAAAACACCAUCGUUUUUGGACUAUUAUCUUAAUAGGGGUGCUAUUGUGUGUAUAUGUAAGGAUGUGGACAGUCGCGAUUGGAUGGUUAGAGUUUAUCCAGGAUUGCAAGAGCGUAUGUGUUGUGAUUUGAUUUUGCUAAAAGCGAAAGUAAAGAGAUUGUGUCUGGCUAUGAUCAAAAUCCCCAAAUCAUGUUGGCCAGCCACCGUUCAAGAUGCGUUCAAACUCCUGCAAUAUUUCAAUCCUACUUUAAAAACUCACUUGUGGAAAGUAUACGCGCAAAAAUCGAUCGAUGAUGUAGAGUGUACGUCGUUUAUAAUAGAUCGGGUUUCCGGUGAAAUUAUUCGUGGGCCUAAUUUCAAAAAUGUCAUAGAUUAUAAACUAAUGGAGUUUGAGAUUAAUGGUUAUACUGAAAUUUAUUAUGAUUGCUACCUUUCGGAUAUGACGGAGGAUUUGUCUAGCGUAGCGUCGAGGGUAAAGUUGUUAGAUGAACUUAAAAGUAAUGAAAAUACACAAAGAAACAAAUCGGAUAACGAAAGCGUUGAUACUGUUGAAACGUAUAAACAUAUAAAAGAUGUAGAUUAUGAUGUGCCAGAUAAAAGUGAAGAAACUUUUCAAAUUGAGGAAGUAAAUAAUGAAAAUACAGUUGAAAAAGUCCUAGAUGUAACAGUAACGAAAAGUGGUGAUAUGGAAAACGUGCAAGAUAAUGUAAAUAAUGAUGUAUCUAUAAAUAUUGAAUUGGAUAAAUUGGAAACUGAUGAGGUCGAAAUAAAUGAAACUGGCACAUCUGGUAUCGCUUAUUCAGAGCAAUCUGAGAUCAUUGCAGAGAGUAAUGAUAUAAUUGUUGGUAGAAAUAGUAACUUGAAUAUCGAUAGUAGUAGAGGCAUGGCGUACCACAGACGUACGAAUUACUUGCAUGUUGAAAAUGAACUGAAAAUUGCCGUAGUUUUAGAAGGUUAUCCGCAAGAGAAGUUGGAGGGUUCCCACAUAAGGCGGUUUAGACAUUUAUUCAAGGAUACUCUCCAUAAAGACAUGAAAGUGCAACGUUUCCCAAACUUGAUCAUUCCGAAAUUCCAAGAUGUGUAUCUGUCUAAUGGCGCUGUGAUUUACAUUUGUGAUAGUUUAGAAACUAAGGAUUAUUUAACUGAGCUGUUGCCAAAAUUCAUUAAUUCUACCGGAUUAAAAUUGACAUUUAGAAAUGUUAAUGAUUUAGUCAGAUACACGAGAGUGGUCAUGAGGGUGCCAAAAGAAAUUGCCCACUUACAGUCUCAUGAUAUUUUGAUCUAUUUUCAAGAUAGAUAUCCCAAUAUAAAAUUAGAUUGCUGGAAAUUCUAUUCAGAUGUUGCCGGGAAACAGAAAAGGCAAUUUGGCGUUGAUCCAGAAUCCUUACAAGCACUUAAAAGUGAUGAUUUUGAUGCUACAUAUGCAGGAGAAAAGAUUGAUUUUCGAAUUAUUGAUAGAAAGAAAAAUGUCAGUGGCAAUGAAACUUUCACAAAUAAUGUAGAUGACGAUAUAGAAUUUAAACAAAUUAAGGAGAAACUGCUUAAGUGUAUGUACAGUCCAAUAGAUCCAGAUAUAAUGAAUGUACCUUUGACUCGUAUAAGAGCUAAUCAUUACUCAGAUUUAGUUGAUGACGAUCUGAAAUUGUAUGUCGGUCCCAUCAAUUAUCCCGAAACUCGUAUCGAUGAAAUACAAUUCAAUUCUAUAAAGGAAUAUCUCGAAAGUAUCGUUUUUGAAACUUUUAGCGAUGAUCUUGAUUCCAUUCCAAUCAUUCACGAUAUGUAUUUAUUCGAUGGGGUCAUUUUUAUUAUCUGUCGCAAUAUGAAAUCACGUGUCUGGAUUGAGAAGAACAUAGAUAGUGUCAAUUUUAAUUUAAAGAUUCAACUGAAAGCUACCGAAUUUCGCGGGGCAGUUGGCAUUGUUACUAUGAUAGCAAAAACUAAUAAAACCACUGAAGAAGUUAUUAAUAUCUUGCAAAAUCAAAAUCCAAGGCUAAGAACUAAGUUUUGGAGGAAGAUCAGUAAAGUGCAAACUCGAUCUAAGUUAGAUGUUGUAUUGCAAAUAGACAAAUUGUCGGCACAAGUAAUAACUGAUAAACGUUUCGAUAGUAUUGUAGACGGGCAUAUAGUUGAAUUCAAAUUAGGUCACUUGCAAUCACUGCUCAAACCGAAACUAAAUUUGGAUGAUUUAAAUUCACCUGCGAAGAACAAGAAUGUUGCCAAAAAUAUAGAUAGUAAAUCGGUGCUAACUGAGAAGGUUGUAUUUAAUAACAAAAUUGAGAAAGAGAAAAAUAAGCCCAAUACGGUAUAUGAUAAAGAAAAUGAUGAAAAUUGUUCCAAAGUUCAUGAAUUGAAGCUUAAUAGUGGCGAAAGUAAGACAUUUCUAUAUACAAUCGAGAAUAAAUCAGAUAAAAGCUCUUUAAAAAGUCUUGUUAGCAGCGAUAAUAUAGAUGACUGUUGCAAAGUGGUCAUGAAAGUGCCUACGAAUAUUUUGCCAGAUUUUAAUGAUGGUCUAGAAAUUAUUUUAGAUUUGCUAGAAGAUAAAAAUCCAGGCUUAAAUACAGAAUUGUGGAAGUCGCUUCCCGCGCUCCAGCGUCACAUUUGCCUCACGUGCGGGUCGCCAGCAGACUCGUACUGCGGUAGAUGUGGUGUUGCUCCAUACUGCAGUCAGAAAUGUCAGCAGCAGGACUGGCAGAAGCGUCAUCGUGCUGUUUGUCAUAAUCUGUCACGUGGAAGUGGAAAGAAUGGUCCAGAGCUGGUGCGCGCCAAAGACCCUAAACCUGUUGAGCAAUCGCCCCCGGUACCGCUCAGACAGCCCGCUCCGAUAUGCAACCAGAAUCAAAAAGUGAAACGAGACGAUAAGCGUGAAGACAAUAUGAAUAACUCUGAUCGCCCGAAACGAGACUUCCACCCGCCAAGUCAGAAAGUCAACAGAAAUCCAAAUUUCAAGAGUUAUAACAAUCUGAGACGUCCGAAGGUUGCCAAUGAAAAUCAAAGUGUGCAAGAUGAAGAAGAAAGCUUCGAGACUCCAGAAACCAAUCCUCAGAAACCAGUGCAACCACAAAGCAAACCAGUGAAGCAAGAACCGACUCCACCCAGACCAGUGAUGACUCCACCCAGACCAGUGAUGACUCCACCGGUCAACUUUGAAGCCAAUGUACCAUCAGUUUCAGACACAAAACCUGUCAAAAAUAUAGUUCCUAAGAACUACAUGGUGGAGACUCUGCAAGUGGGUGAUACGGUGUUGCUGUCCGUGGAGGCGGCGGCGGCGUCGUGCCGCGCCGGCGCCGGCCUCGUGUGCCUCGCGCUGCACACCACCAACGCCGCGAUCUACAACGAGCUCUGCUCGGACUACGACGUCAGUUGCAAGGAGGACGGCUAUACAUACGCACCCCGACCAGGCGAGCUGUUCUCCUACUACGACCCGGCAGACGAGGCGUGGUACCGCGCGCGCCGUGUUUCUCCCACGCUGGCAGCCCUCAUCGAUGCUUGCCGUGUCAUCACCUUAUCAUCGUCAGGGUCUGAGGGUCUCGGGGUGGGGAGGUGUGCUCGUAUAUCGAACAAGUAUGCAGAGAUACCCGAGUUCUGCUGCGUGCUGGAAGCUCCGGAUGUUAAGAUCGGAGAUAACCUCCAAUGUACGAUAAUAUCGAAGACUGGUGACAAAUGCAAGGUGUCUGUCGUGAAAGGGGAGGGGGGACCCGUCACUGAGGGCGAGAUAUCAAGAUGGAGGCCCCGUGUUGAUGGGUUGGAUAGUCCUGUCAUACCGGAGGUGGAACGUCCCCCAAUAAAGAACAACAUGAAGGUUUAUCUCGUAGACUGCACUAGUUUGGACCGCGUCAUCCUCCGUCCAUCUGAUAUUGACUCGUGCAAGGAGUUUGAUGCCAUACAAGAGGAUGUGCUGUUGUAUGCUAAGGACGCGAGUCCCCUGAGAGAGCCGCCGCAGAAAGGCGACAUUGUGAUAGCGAAGUUCACAGAUGGACUGUGGUAUAGGGCUCUGUGUAAACGGACCAACAAUGCACAGAACAAAUAUCAGCUCGAGUAUCUGGAGUAUGGCAACAUAGAGAUCAGCACAAGAGAGAACCUGUAUCCGUGUCCCGAGGCGCUUCGCCCCCACGCACGCCCCACUACCGUCCUGCGCGCGUGCUUCGCCGACGCCCCCGCCGCCUCCGCCUCUACCUCCGCCCCCGCCCUCGCCCCGCCCGCCGCGCAGUACGUGCGCACACUGAGCGACGGCCAGGUGGAACUGGUGGUGACCCUCUUGGACGGUUCAUCAUCAGCGCCAAGCGGAGCAGAAGUAAACCUACAGGUGGUGAGGACUAACGAGUCAGUGAAUAAGAAAAUAGUGGCGUUGUCAACUCCCGAAUGGAAGAAGUUGGAGGAGAAAGGUGGAGAUGUCAUCGAAACCCCACGGUUGAUGCUGAACGACAUUAGCUAUAUGGAACUGCCCCGGAACGAGUGUGAUCUAGACGUCUUUAUAGACCUGACAAUGCUGCAGUCAGGGGUAGUCAACGGUCGACCUCGACAGCCUGAUCUGGAGACCAAGUUGGAAGAGCUCACGAAGAGGAUGGAGGAAUAUUGUAACAGCAAUCUGGGUAAAGACCCGUAUUUGCCGAAGCCUGAAGAGUUAUGCAUUGCUUUAUGCCCACCAUACCCGCAAUGGUUCCGAGCGAUGCUGUGCGAGCAGGUAGGUGGCGCGGGCGGUCCGCUGCUGCGCCUCCUCUACCUGGACUACGGCAACCUGGAGACUGUGACCUUCGGCAGCGUGCGCAAGAUGCUGCCCGAGUUCAUGAAGCCUCUGCCUGCGCUCGCGCUAAACGUGGAUAUACGGGGUUUUCCAAAGCACGCUUCGACCGAGUUACUGCUGAAAGCGUGCGCUUUCAUGAAGUGCGACGAGGAGGGUCGAGGGCGCCUGCGCGUGCGCAACUGCCAGCGUAUCGGCCUCGGCAUGUACGAGGCGGACGCGCCGGAGCUGCUCGCCGCUCUGGGAAUU